UCACCCUCCUCCAGCCAACUGACUGGAGCCACGCCUAGUACUUGAGUAAAGAACAAGUAAAGAACAUGGAGAAAAAGCCAAAAUGGAUGACAAAAAUAUGAACGAGCCAAAAGAAUAACCGAUAGGGAAUGAAGAGUAAUUUCCCAUAAAAUAUUCUUUUUUACAUUGCCACGCAACACGAGCUUUUGACGGGUGUGACCUUAUGGACCCGAAAAAUCGGGGCGGGCAGACUAGUACUCAACCCGCGGGCCCACGGCCCACACGCCUUCUCUGCUGAAACCUUUAAAACGCAGCAAAAUUCGUUGUCCCCUCUCUUUCCCCAUUCUCCCUCUCGAAUCGCAUCUCCUCCCCCAAUCACAACACAAAUUUCCCUCCGCUCAAUCCCUUUUCCCGGCGGCCAAACACCCCCAACCCAAAAUCAAGCGAAAUCAACAACAAUGGCGGAAGCAGCAACAUCCUCCCCCUCCUCCGCCGCGGCCUACCUCCAGAACAUGGACGAUCUGCGGAAGGUGUUCGACAAAUUCGACACCAACGGCGACGGCAAGAUCUCCCUCUCCGAGCUCGCCGACGUCCUCAGAUCCAUGGGGACGAGCUACGCCCCCCCGGAUCUCCAGCGCGCCAUGGACGACAUCGACACCGACAAGGACGGAUUCAUCAACCUGGAGGAGUUCGCGCAGCUCUGCCGCUCAUCCUCGGGGGCCUCCGCCGCCGCCGAGCUCCACGAGGCUUUCGAUCUGUACGACGAGAACAAGGACGGGCUCAUCUCCGAGUCCGAGCUCCACCAGGUGCUCAACCGCCUCGGGAUGAAGUGCUCCAUGGAGGAGUGCGCCCGGAUGAUCAAGGGCGUGGAUGCGGACGGCGACGGAUGCGUCAAUUUCCAGGAGUUCGAGAAGAUGAUGGCCACCGCCAACGGCGCUACCCCCGUCAACUAGGCUCGAAAUUGAAAUUGUCCCCCCGCCCGUCGGUAUCUUCUGCUUUUCUCCGUUGUUUCCGCGUUUUUUUCUUUCUUUUACAAAUUGUGAUGUUGUGAAAUUCGAAUCUGAAAUCUGGAAUACUCAUUAGCGGGUAGCCAUUAACGGAUGCUUGCGGGGGUGAUAUUAGGUCACCCUUCCUUAUUAUAUCUGACUCAUACUGCAAGUACCACAUAUCUCUGAUUAGAACCUUGUUGAUGGAUUACGGUCGUGAUGUAAUUGUCUCUUCUGUCUGAAUAAUGAUUUAUUGAAACAUUACUACUGCAUUAGGCUACAUUCUUGGAACCACAAUCACUUUGUCCCAUCCAAGUCGUACUUGACUUGAGAUGGCGAAUCAUGAAUAAGGUAGAACCGUUCUCUUACGGGCCUCGAACGAUAAUACGAUUCGAGGUCUCACCUGUUAGUGUUGUGGUAUAUGAUUCACGAUUGAACCUCUCCCAACAACUCGAGUUAUUGGGAGCAACUGGUUCUUGACAUGGUAUCAGAGCCUUCUGUGACCGAAAGGUCUUGUGUUCGAUUUCCCGUGACCCCCAUUUGUUAAACACAUGGUAUUCUUGUCUUCAGACCUGUGGAAACUUCAAACCCUUGUGAGUGGCUUUCGUUUGAGGGGGCGUGUUAGUGUUGUGGUAUAUGAUUCACGAUUGAACCUCUCCCAACAACUCGAGUUAUUGGGAGCAACUGGUUCUUGACAUCACCAGCGUUCUAUGAAUAUCCGACAAACCCAUGAGAGCACGGUGGAGGUGAAACUGUGUUACUUAGAAUGUUGAGUGGCUGCUGCAAUGAUGAAUAAGUACUCUUUGUAUGAGUUGGAUGCUUUAAUGUGUGUUUAUGUGAAUAAAGUGCGUUUAGGAGGGAGGGUUGGUUAAUGUGGGUGGGAUGAUGAUGAUGCAAACAUGGUGGAGAUGUGUGUGUUUAGCUCAGUCAGUUUAACAAUGAUUUAAACUUUUAGGGAUUCCAUGAUUGUUUUGGCGUCACAUGGAUUCAGGCCUUGGUGGGUAUGGUUCUAGUCUGGUUGGCUUGGCUGUGGAGAAAGUUGUUUGGGUGGUCAAAGUGUUGAAUUGUCAGGUCAAAACCCGACUAAUUCUGUAGUGAAAGGAGUUGCUGGCUGCAUUAAAAUUGAAGAUGGAGGGACGGGUGCUGAAUGCUGAUGUAUGGGUGGGUGGAUUUGGUCCAUUUUCAUGCAUAUUUUUAUUUAUUGAAGGGGAAGUUGAUCGAUGAUGAUGAAGAUAUGGCAAUAUCAUAAAGAAGUGAGGAGGUGACAAAAGAGAGAGGCGAUGGAUGGGCAAUUUGGGAAACAAGAGAGUUAAUGUGACUGGCUUGUGCCAGUUUGCUUACCAUUUCAGGGUUCAUAAUUGGAGGGAUUUAGUCAAUUCCUUUUGUUAAUGAAUUGGCUAAUUAAUCGGGCAAGUGGGUAUAAGCUGGUGGUGUCAACUUGGACGUCUGUCUGACUUGUACUAUUCUGAAAUUUAUUUACUGGGUUUCCCUUUUCGGCCUCUAGAAAGUGUUCCCAGAAUCUUCUCAGCCAUAACAGACACAUAGGUUUAGACCAAAUGGUUUGCUCGGACGACCGCUGUAUCCUAGUACAGGAGUUAAGUGAUUACAAUUUCUAAUCUGAUCCAAUCUUUUCGAGCUGGAUAUUACUUUACUCACAGCUGUCGAGUUGGAGAAUGGGUACCACUUUUACUUUGUCAUGUCAUGUCCUGCUCCAUCUUUCAAAUAUUUAGACUCGAUUACUACUUUUACCAUCUCUAAGUCAUUUAAAAAAUGUUCUUUAUGUAUUCUUCCAAUAUAAUUAAAUAUUAACA